AUCGCCUCGUCAUCCGCAGCUCCACUUUCCAGUCCGCAGUGACCGCCGCCGCCGCCACCUCCACCCGCUCCUCACCUACCCCGGCGGCGACCCCCCAGGGACACCCCGAAUGGCGACGGCGGUCACGGCGUCCGCCACCGCGGCGACCCGCUUCACGCGCCUGGCGGGCAUCGGCCUCCGGCGCAGCAGCUGCCGCCCCCGCACCGCCGUCCGCUUCCAGCGCCCGGGGCUCACCACCACCGCGCUCCUCAGGCCCACCGAGCUCAAGCCCAAGGACCAGGGCCAGCCCGAGACGCUCGACUACCGCGUCUUCCUCGUCGACGGCGGCGGCCGCAAGGUGUCCCCGUGGCACGACGUGCCGCUCCGCGCCGGGGACGGGGCGUUCCACUUCAUCGUGGAGAUCCCCAAGGAGAGCAGCGCCAAGAUGGAGGUCGCCACCGACGAGGCCUACACCCCCAUCAAGCAGGACACCAAGAAGGGCAACCUUCGUUACUACCCGUACAACAUCAACUGGAACUACGGGUUACUUCCCCAGACAUGGGAGGACCCGACAGCUGCAAAUGCUGAUGUUGAAGGAGCACUUGGAGACAAUGAUCCUGUUGAUGUUGUCGAGAUUGGUGAAAGACGGGCCAAUAUUGGGGAUGUUCUUAGGGUGAAACCAUUGGCAGCUUUAGCAAUGAUUGACGAGGGAGAGCUUGACUGGAAAAUUGUGGCCAUCUCUCUGGAUGAUCCCAAAGCAUCUCUUGUGAAUGAUGUAGAUGAUGUCGAGGAGCAUUUUCCGGGAACAUUGACUGCCAUCAGAGACUGGUUCAGAGACUACAAGAUACCAGACGGAAAGCCCGCCAACAGGUUUGGUCUCGGCAACAAGCCCACAAGCAAGGAAUAUGCCCUGAAGGUGAUAGAAGAAACCAACGAGUCAUGGGAGAAAUUGGUGAAGAGGAAAAUCCCGGCGGGAGAGCUAUCGCUAGCGUAGCCUUUUAUAGGCCCAUGAGAAGCCAACAACACAUUCUUUCAGUGACAUACCUCCUAAGCGUGCCGCUCUUUUGUGAUAUAUGCCUAUGAACAUGCUUCUCUUCAUCUGCAGAACAUUCUGCGUACCUGUGUGUAACAACAGGAAUAAAUGAAUAAUCUAGUGGAGCGAAUAAGGAUUUCUGAGCAAGUUUUUCGCAAUGAAA